UGUCCGACUUCCUUUACCACGGCCACCUCACUCCUCAAUUCCGUCCUCUCUCUCUCUGUGACCGCGAAUUGAAAUAACACCCCUCACUCUCCCUCCAAAUCCAUACACCCUCAUAGAGAGCUCAUCAUGGCUCCCGCAACCGCCAAUGGCACCAAUGGUGUCAAUGGACACGACACCAACCUUUCCGCGAACGACAACAUCCAGCGCUUUGCUGCUCCCAGCCGACCACUAAGCCCACAAGCCAACCACACUCUCUUCCACCCAAAGACGAGAUGUUUCGUCUACGGCAUGCAGACGAAGGCUGUCCAGGGCAUGCUCGAUUUCGACUUCAUCUGCAAGCGCAAGACGCCUUCAGUGGCUGGAAUCAUCUACACAUUCGGCGGCCAGUUCGUCAGCAAGAUGUACUGGGGAACAUCCGAGACCCUCCUCCCCGUCUACCAAACCGUCGAGCAGGCCAUGUCCAAGCACAGCGAUGUCGACUGCGUGGUCAACUUUGCCUCCUCCCGAUCCGUCUACACCUCCACCAUGGAGCUUCUCGAAUUCCCACAAAUCAAGUCGAUCGCCAUCAUCGCCGAGGGUGUGCCAGAGCGUCGUGCUCGUGAGAUUCUGCACGUGGCCAAGAAGAAGGGUGUCACAAUCAUUGGACCGGCCACAGUCGGUGGUAUCAAGCCUGGUGCGUUCAAGAUUGGAAACACGGGUGGAAUGAUGGACAACAUUGUGGCCUCCAAGCUCUACCGCAAGGGUUCCGUCGGAUACGUCUCCAAGUCCGGAGGUAUGUCCAACGAGCUGAACAACCUUGUCGCCAACUACACCGACGGUGUGUACGAGGGUGUUGCCAUUGGUGGUGACAGGUAUCCGGGAACCACAUUCAUCGACCACAUGCUCCGAUACGAGGCCGACCCGAACUGCAAGAUUCUCUUGCUGCUCGGUGAAGUCGGUGGUGUUGAGGAGUACCGCGUGAUUGAGGCUGUCAAGGCUGGUGUCAUCAAGAAGCCAAUCGUCGCGUGGGCUAUUGGUACCGUUGCCAGUAUGCUCAAGACUGAGGUUCAAUUCGGUCACGCUGGAUCUCUCGCCAACUCUCUCCUCGAGACUGCCGCGACCAAGAACUCCAGCAUGCGUGAGGCAGGUUUCUACGUCCCCAACACCUUUGAGGAGCUCCCAGAGAUGCUCUCCACCGUCUACCAAAAGCUCGUCAAGGCCGGCACCAUCGUUCCCGCACCAGAGCCAGGCGUUCCAAAAAUCCCAAUCGACUACUCCUGGGCACAGGAACUCGGUCUCAUCCGCAAACCUGCCGCUUUCAUCUCCACCAUCUCCGACGACCGUGGUCAAGAACUUCUCUACGCUGGUCUGCCCAUCUCAGACGUCUUCCGGGACAACAUCGGUAUCGGUGGUGUCAUGUCUCUCCUGUGGUUCCGUCGCCGUCUGCCCGACUACGCCAGCAAGUUCUUGGAAAUGGUUCUCAUGUUGACUGCCGACCACGGUCCCGCCGUGUCUGGUGCCAUGAACACCAUCAUCACCACUCGUGCCGGCAAGGAUCUGAUUUCCGCUCUGGUUGCUGGUCUCCUCACUAUUGGUUCUCGUUUCGGUGGUGCCCUUGACGGUGCCGCUGAGGAGUUCACCCGCGCUUUCGACAAGGGUCUCAGCCCGCGUGAUUUCGUGGACACUAUGCGCAAGGAGAACAAGCUCAUCCCUGGUAUUGGCCACCGCGUCAAGUCCCGCAACAACCCCGACCUUCGCGUCUCCCUCGUCAAAGAAUACUGCCAAGCCAACUUCCCCAACACGAAGCUCCUCGACUACGCGCUCGCCGUCGAGAGCGUCACCACCUCGAAGAAGGACAACCUCAUCCUCAACGUCGACGGCUGCGUGGCCGUCUGCUUCGUCGAUCUCCUCCGCAACUCCGGCGCCUUCAGCAAUGAAGAGGCUGAGGACUACCUCAAGAUGGGUGUGCUCAACGGUCUGUUCGUGCUCGGCCGCUCGAUCGGUCUGAUUGCCCAUUUCCUCGACCAGAAGAGAUUGCGUACGGGUCUGUACAGACAUCCUUGGGAUGAUAUCACGUACCUCCUUCCGGAGCUCGGAAAGGGUGCUCCGGGUAAUGAGGGUCGUGUUGAGGUUGACAUG